AUGAAGUACAGUAUCGCUGUCAUGGGCUUGGUGGGCUGUGCCCUCGCUCUUCCCGCUCCCCAGGGUGAGCCUCAGCCUACUGGUCCUCCUUCCGGACCUCCUCCCACUGGCACCCCCAGCAGCUUCCCCGUUCCUCUGCCCACCGGCGAGUUUGAGAAGCGUCAGUUCGGUGGUUUCCAACCCUCGGGUCCUCCCCCUUCUGGCACUCCUAGCGGCUUCCCUGGUCCUCAGCCCACUGGCGACUUCGAGAAGCGUCAGUUCGGUGGCUUCCCUUCUUCUUUCAGCCUCCCCAUCCCUGAGCCCUCUGGUGGAUUCGGCAAUUUUGAGAAGCGCCAAUUCGGUGGUUUCCCUUCUUCUUUCAGUCUUCCCAUCCCCGAGCCCACUGGUGGCCCUGGCAGCUUUGAGAAGCGUCAGUUCGGCGGUCCUCCUCCUUCUGGCCCUGCCCCCACUCGCGCUGCUCCUUCCGGUACCCCUAGCGGCUUCCCUGGUCCCCUACCAACUGGCGAUUUUGAGAAGCGUCAGUUCGACGGUUUCCAUCCCUCCGGUACUCCUAGCGGUUUCCCUGGUCCCCAGCCCACUGGCGGAUUUGAGAAGCGUCAAUUCGGCGGUCCUCCUCCCUUUGGAUCUGCCCCCUCGGGUCCUAUCCCCACUGGACCUACCCCUACCGGUCCUAUCCCAACUGGAUCCGCUCCCACCGCUUUCUAA